AGGGAAUCGUCAAGGAUCACAUGUCUCGCGCCGGAUACGAGAGCAACGAACGAACGAACGAACGAAAGAACAAGUCGGGCGAGAGAAACGGAGGCAAACGGAGACGGGGGAGGGUGGGCCGAACGGGAGUCGGUGCGGGCUUAGGAAGGACGAGGGGACGAGAGAGAGAGCGAGGAAGCGAGCGAAAAGGGCGGAGGGGCCGUGGAGGGAAGGACGGAGAGACAGAGAGAGAGAGAGAGAGAGAGAAAAAGAGGAGGGCGACCCGAAGGAAAAAGCGUGCUAGGGAGCGAGAGAAGGACCGUGUGAGAGACAGGCGGAAGAGAGGGACAGAGAGAGUGAGAGAGAGAGAGAGAGAGAAGAGCAAAGUUUCGCGGACGUAGUCGAGGACGAGGCGAACGAGGACGAGGAACGCGACGACUGUGAGAGCAGAGACGUAGGACAGAUCCUUUUUCCACCGCCGUGGCAGAGAGAAAGAGGAGGAUCGAGAGAGAGAGAGAGAGAGAGAGAGAGAAGGGGAGAGGAGAGACAGAGAGGGAGCAGGGAGCGAGAGGAGGAUACGCUCCCCUACUUCUCUAGGGGUUCCAUUGUAAUAUUUAUUGAUUGGAUUCCUAGGAGCCAAAGCCGAGGGCUGUGGCACCUAUACUUCUAGACUAGAUUGCCUAGAAAUGUUUCCGUGUGAAACGCGGCGACGAGCAACCCCGUUUUUCCGUUCCUCCACCCGUUUCCUUCUCCCGUUUCCUAUCCCGUUUCCACCGAGAGGAGGAAACGUUCCACUGACCUUGGUCGAAAUAAUUCACGGUAAAUAGCCGUGAGCGGGAAUGCACCUCCACCAGUUACGAAAUAAAUCCCACCUGUGAAAAGGACGCGCGCCCCGAUUGUUAAUUUUCACCUCUGACAAACAAAAA